CGACGACGACGACGCCUCAUGAAGAAGCAGCACCCGCAUGCAGGGAGCGACAAGCACACGGUCGACGCCGCCGCCAUGAGCUGGGACGCCUCGCUCGUGCCCCUCGAAGAAGGCUGGCUCGACAAGAUGGACACGACGCUCGCGACGACGGCCGACGCGUUCUUCCACGACCUCGCCUGGUCCGACUCGGCCGACUCGCUCCUUGCGUCGCCGCCGCUCGGCGCCGUCAAGGCCCAUAGUACGUGUGCGAGCCUCACCGAGGCGUUCCAGACGCCGACCAAGGACGGUGCGUUCGCGCUUGGCGGCCGCGCCGACGACGCGUUGCAUCUGUACAACAUCUCGUGCGACGCGCUGUUUGCUUCCUGCGACUUGACGACCGAAUCGCCCCAGACGACGACCGACGCCGAGAGCCCGAGCCGCUUGUGGGGCGGCUGGGUCUGGGACGACCAGCGCGUCUUUUUCAGGCCAUGAAGGCCAAGUGGACGGCGCGCGACGGUCUGCAGAAGCGCUGGGACCAGCUCAGCAAGAAGAUCCCGACCAAGACCGUGGCCCAGAUCGAGGCUUUUUUCACUGCCAUUGUCGCGCACGUGCGGUCGCUGCUCAUGUUUGGCCAAGUGGCCAUGGACGCCAACCAGCCCGACGAAGUGCGCUUGGCGCUCAUCUGCUGGUACCGCCUCUUUGCGUCGUCGCCCAUGAGCGGCGCCGACCUCGAGAACCCGUCCCAGAAACGCGCAAUCGUCCACCGCUUGACCACGUCGUUUCUCAAGAGCCGCAAGCAGAUGAUCGCGGCCAAGUCGGCGAAAAAGAAGACCGCCAAAGAGCUCGCAUCCCCGGGUGCAGCAACCACAGUGCCUCUGACGACGACGACAACGCCCGUCCACCACCCGUUGGUGCGGAAGAAGCGAGCGUUGCCGCUGCCAACGGUUGAGACGCCCGAGAAGCGGGUCCGACACGUCCCGAGCCGGGAGUCGUCGCCAGCGUCAAGCCCGACGCCCGUGCGCGCGGCCUCGGUGGCGUCGCCUGCGUACGUGUACGACCUCACAACCCCGAGCAAGAAGCGCCAGAUCAAAGUCCGGCUGGUGCCCAUUGACAAGCGCACGCAAGCUGCUGUGAGCCAAACGGGCGCGAUGCCCAAGGUCGAGCUCAAGAUGAGCAGCAGCAAGCGCAUCUCGGACGUGUGCGACCACAUGAUGAAGAAGUGGGCGGCGGUGCUGCCGCUCUUGCCGGCGCGUUCGACGCUGCGGGUCGUACCCCUCGGCGACCGGCUGCACCCUGGCUGGGGCACGCACGACAUAAGCGUCACGUGCCUCGACAUCUUCAGCCAUUGCCGGCAGAUCGCCGCGGACGGCCUCGUAGACACGGUCACGCUCGAGUACCGCUGGGAGAUGGAAGUCAAUGACGAGAAUGCCUCGCCGUCGUUCGUGACGCCCAACAAGACCGAGUACUUGACGCCACAGCGAGUCAAGCUACCGCGGCCCACCAACUUGACGGUCGAGAAGCCGAUUCCGGUGCCUUUAGACUUGGAUUUUCUGCCGUCGCCACACGAAGUGCCAGUGCGGGACCCGCACGACCCGCAGGUCACACUCAACUUUUCGACCGAUUUUAACGGGUUCCUCGACGAAGGCCCGGGCGCGUGCUCGGCGCUCAUGGACUCGCUCGGCGUGCCGCCGUCGGUCGCGACACCGCGCAAGCCCACGAAGCGGAUCACACCGACGCUUGUAACACCACUGUUGCGACUCGAGAUGCCGCCCCCGUCUGUAGUCUAGCCUCAACUUAACCUAUUCCUUGUAAACAUAGCAACCAACAAUUCCGCA